AUGGAAAUCGAACAAUCAGCAGCUUACGAAGAAUUAGUUAAGAAUUAUUAAAGAGACAUUAAUUGUCUUGUUGAUGAUGAUAGAAAUCUUCGUAAGAAAGGUUUAACAACUAUUCUUAAAUAGACAUUUGCAGCUUCUACUCCAACAAGAGAAUUACUUUAAUUCUUUUAGAUAAAUGUUUUAAAAAAUUUACUUAGAACAAUCGAUGACUAGAUUGAAAAGAAUAGAGAACUUGCAUAAAACAUAAUUUAAUAAUUUUGCAUUAGAUCAAAGGAAAGCGUAGAUUUAGUUGAUAAAGAAGUUACUUAAUAGAUUUUAUAGAAGCUUUGCUCAAGAGUAAACACUAUUCCAUAUGCAGAAUAAAGUGAAGAAAUCAGACUUUUAAUAACUCAAAAUAUGAUAGAAUUAGUCAAAUUAUUUUCAUAGCAUUUCGUACCUAUUGUAGGAGAUUUUGCAGUAGCUGUUUCUCGUUUAUUAUAAGACUAAUAUCCAGAAGUUAAAAAAACAGGUGCAACUUUAGUCGAAGAGUGUUCCAAGCAAUUAAAAUAAUAUAUAGGACAUCAUGGUCUUUAAAUAGCUAAAUCCUUAGCUAAAAACUUUGAACAUUAGCACUCAAAAGUUCGUAAAGUGACAAUUUAAGCUUUAACUACUUUCUUAUUGUGUGAAGGUGCUGGUUGUUUGUAUGAGCAUGUAAAUGCUAGCUACAAUAAGGUCAUUAAUGAUAAAAUUAAUGAAGUACGUAAAACUGCAUAUGAAUCUGUUGCUUAGCUUCUAAAUUCAUUUUCCGUUCCUAAUUUGAGAAAUUUUGAAAGUGAUCUUGUCCUCCUUUUACUUAACAGUCUCUCUGACGAAGUCCAAGAAAAUAUCCAACUGGGAUAAAAAUUAAUAGAAGAGUGCGGUAUGAGCAGGAUGCGUCUCGCUAUUGAAAAUAACGAAAAAGUUGACUAAUAUAUUUGA